GAACGUGUGUGUGUGUGUGUGUGUGUGUUUGUGGUUUGACAAGAUGGAGGUGAGGUGGCUGCAGCUCAUCUGUGUGCUCGCUACAGUCGGUCAGAGGUCAUCUGCUGACCCCCUCCACUCCAUGCCUGGAUCUUACUCCAACGUCAGCGGGAACGACCAUGGCGUGCUGCGGGCGCUUCGCACUGCUACCUGGUCCUUCAACAACCGGUCGAACGACAUGUUCCUGUUCCGAGUGUCGUCCGUCCGUGAAGCACAGCGGCAGAUAGUUAAAGGAUUUCAUUACGUCCUGGAUUUCAACAUUUCCAGAACGGUUUGUCGUAAAGGAGGCAACAACGAUCUGGUGAAGUGCAGCUUCCAGCCUUCAGGUCCUCUGCAGCAGACUUUUCGAUGUCAUGCAGAUGUUUGGACGGUUCCCUGGAUUAAUCAAAAUGCUGUUCUGGGGCUGCUCUGUGGGGACCGCCCCCCUGGCGGUGAUGGAGACCGAGGGCCACAGAGCAGUUAGCAUGUUUAGCAUUGCUGCAACAUGUGUAACAUCUCAUGAUCUCAGGGGCUGCUGAUCUGUUUGUGCUUGUUUUGGUUUUGAUUUAAAAUUCUAUGUAUGUGUGUGUGUGUGUGUGGGGGUGUGUGUGUAUGCUUGUGUGAGGGUGUGUGAUAGUAUUGUGGUGAAUUUUGGAAGUUUCACAUGGCUUUCUUCUAUGGCAGCUCUGUACACUGAUAAAAAUGUUCAAUAAAAAUUCAUGUCAUUAAAAAAACCCAUUGUUGUUUAGCAUGUUUACCACCAUUUAGCAUGUUUAGCAUAUUUUAGCAUCUCCCCUGUGUUUUCAGUCUUCCUGCUGGGCCGAGUGGAACUCAUCAUUUCAAUCACACCAUGGAUCUUGUUCUAAUUUCUGUACAGACGUUGAUCAAUGAACAGCUUUUCCUCACAACCCUCUGUUGACAGAUCACUUCUUGAUGUGGUUUGGAUUUACAGUAACUGGCUUUACAUCACCUGGGAGCAAAUCAAAAUGUAGGAGAUCUCUGUCACACAAAGCUGUGGCCAGAUUGAAGGACGUAAUUCAGCAUUAUUGACUUUGAUUCCAUCUGCGGAUCCAAUGGAAAGUAGUUGCCCUAGCAUUAGCAUAAGCAUUAGCAUUAGCAUUAACCCCUCUUGGUUGAUUUGGCUGCAGAUGCUGCAGCAGCCUCACUUGAAUCUGUUGAUCCUGUAAAGAUAAAAUCAACAACUGAGUGGAGGUUCGCUCCAUGAUAGAACCAACAACUGUCAACAUUAAAGAACUCAGCGAAGUUAAAUAUGGAGUUCCACAAGGUUCUGUAUUAAGACCUAUUUUAUUGCCAUUAUACAUGCUUCCUAAUGUUGGAAAUAUUUAGAGAAACACUCAGUUAACUUCCAUUGCUUGUACAGAUGAUACAUAAGUCUAUGAAACCAGAUGACACUGAUCAACUUGCCAAACUUGAAGCUUGACUUGAAGACAUUGAAUCCUGGAUGAGUGGUGAUUUUCUGCUUUGUUGAGUUUGUAGUCAUAUAAAUAAAGUUGAAUUGAACAGAGUUGCAGUUGGACGUCCGUUUGUCAAGUCACGGCAGCAGACCCGGUGGUUUGUCAGAUUAAAUGCUUAGUCAUGAGUAGUCGACUUUGUUGAAUGUGUCCCGUCUGUUCAAAGUUUAGAUAAACAGGAGAUGUUUGAACGAGGGUGCAGAACAGUUUGUGUCCUCCGGUCUUAUCAGUCUGCGCAGAACAGACGCGUCACGGACCGUAUAUAAAGCUCAUCAUCUGACAGACCCUGGACUUGCAAACCGGAC